AUGACAAUGGAGGAGGCAUCCACACUGAUUGCGUGGGGGAGACAGGUGCUUACGAACAGACGCCUGCAGAAGCAACGGGAACGACUGCAGCAUGAGUUAGGGCACUUAAGUGACGCAGCACCACUUGUGAACCCCGGUGGAGCCCGUCAUUCUCCCGUGCCAGAGGUACCUGACGCGCGUGGGAGCAGCGCGGUUGCCGCGUCGUUCAUGAUGGACAACUUGACGCCAGAUGAACACCGAGAGAGGCAACCACUAGAAUGUCGUGGCGAUCGCGAAGGCGUGUCACCCAAUCGCCUUCACCCUUACUCGAAGGCGUCUCUUUCUAGCCAAGGGGCGAUGGAGGUGAUGCAGCUUGAGCGACGGAUUGAGGUGGCCAAGCAGAGUCUGCAGGAACUGCGCGGACUUGAGAGCCAUAAUGCAGAGACGUUUCGGCGCCGCAUGCAGGAUUUACGGAGUAUGCUGCAGCAGGUGGAGUUGUGUAGAGAUUUGCGUCACGCGCCUGCUACAGACUUCCUAGGAGAGAAGCUUUUGGGUCAACCCACCUUUGACUCCGCCACAGCCGCUGCCGCAACACCACACCAGCAGCGAGGGCAACCAAAAUUGGAUUACAAGGAACAACUGGAAGAACUCUGGUUGCUCCAGAAGGCUACGCUGAAAAGCUUGCAUGACGAAAAGGUGGUCGGAGUGGCAGUGGCCUCCUUGACGGCUUGCGCAGGCGAUGUGCAAAAUUGGGAUGGUCGUCUCUGGCGUCUGUUACGCGAGGCGGCGUAUAACUGGAAACUGCGACUGAUGCCAUCACUUCACCACUUUCUCGGGGUCGUGCAGCAGCUGCCAAUGCUGCAGCAGCCGGAGGAGCAUACAAAAAUAAACCCUACGGGAUCCCGCCCAGAAUGUAGUGAAAAUGUCAUCGCUCUAAAUGUUCCCAUCGGCUCCGUCACGGAUCUAGUGAAGCCACCGGCGGCGGAGGACUACCCCGCGCUGGAGUGGCUUGACAAUCUGCCUCUGCAGGAGGCAAUUGAUGUCGUAGUGGACGUUCUCGCCAGGGCAGGGGCGGAUACGGAGGCAUCCCUUGCUUCCCUCAUUUAUCUAUCGGAUCAAAAGGACGUGCAGCUCGCCAACCUCCUUGGCGAGGCGGAGGAACAACUACAACGACAAGGCGAUGCCUUGGAGGAGGCACACACGCUAAUAGGGAGGCUGCAGGAGGCAAAAGCAUCACUAGAGGAGGACGGCGUUGACCUUCAUGACGCCGUCGAGUUGUUGCAGGAAAAGGUAGUCGCGCUGCGAUCCAAGCAUGAGGAGCGGCAGCGCCAAGAUGCAGAGAGAAGGGAGGAGCUGCAGAGACACCAAACCCGCAUUCAUGAGUUGGAGCAGAGUCUUGGACGACAGACGUCUCUGCGGAAUGAGGUUGUGAGGCGCACCGAUGAGACAAAACGCUCUAUGGAAGAUACGGCGCGGGAGACAACACUCCUCCACGACGAACUUCAGCGCGCCACGGAGCGGCAAAAUAGCGUGGAGGAGGAGGUGCUGCGACUGCGACGGCUGCUUCGUCUGGCAAAGCUAGAGGAGGAGGAGGCGACACGCCAAGGAGAGCGUCAAAGUGAUGAGCUCCACGUGGCGCAGUUGGCCUCACAAGCAUCCAGAGAGGCUUUCAUGCGGCGAAAACAGAGGCAGGAAGAGGACCAGAAGACGCUUAUGUCUAUUCGUUGCAGUACGCAUGAGGUGCUGAGUCGCAUACAGACGGAGGAAGAGGCCUGCGCAGAUUAUACCAAAGAGAUUGACACACAGAAGGCCGUGGCGGCAGCUGUGCUUGAGGAGCUUGUGGCCAUCCAGGCGGAGACGCGUGAGGCAAAUAAAGAGUUGGCGGCAGUGCAGCGAUCACUCCGUGUUACGAAUGAAAAGUUAAAGGCGGCGCAGAUGGCACUCUUGUACCAGAGCGAGGUGUCUAGUGCAGUCACAGGGGAUGCCGUUGCAUCAACAACCCCACCGUCGCAACGAAACCUCGUGGAGGUGUUGCUUCCAAAAAACGGCGGCGCUAAAAAGAAGAAGAGCCCCGCUGCUCUACAUUUGAAUACAUCGCACAGCUCUGAAUUUGAGUCUUCGGGCCACACGACAAGGCCUCCACUUUCGCAACAGGAGCAGAAGACAAAAAUAAUGCCAAUGACAGCACCAUUGAUGCUUGUGCCCCAGCUCUAUAGUAGCACGGAAGAAAUGGCGUUGGCACCACGAGGCAUACCGCGUCAGGAAGGGGAAUUGCGAAUGGAACAGUCUCAUCUUCUUGUGAGCGAGCCUCAGCGGAAACGAGGCGGAUUCGUGCCUUCAGAGGUGUCAAAAGUAGGCAGCCCAGUGUUGCUAUCUCCCGGUGAGAACGGCGAGCGUCGUGCUCCGCUCGUUGUAUCGCUGCCGCCACGUCACGACAGGCUGCCGCAAUGA